AUGACGGCAGCAUCUCCAGUGCCAUCCUCUCAAUCAUAUCAGUAUAGGAGUGAGACACGGACUAGCCAUCAUGAUAACAGAAGCGAUUCUCGCGCAUCAACAAUUCCUGAUCCAGUCGAAAGACAUGUGGCUAGAUGGAGAAGUGAAAGUCGCAACUCAAACAGGGACAGAGUUUUCAAAAAUGAUGAAGAGCCAAGUCAACAGGAUGAGAUAGUUCAUGACACACUGUCAGCACUGAAGCAAGACGUCGAACAAACAACUGAAUUAAUUAGACGAAAACAAGAACAAAUGCGUUUGGAACGUCGACAAUUCCAAACAGAGAUGGAAGUUACUGGAAGAAUAUCUGUUGAACCAUCAGAUGAAUGGCUAUCAGCUCGCUUAAGAGCUGUAUCUAAUGAAGACAUGCAAAACACUCUGGGAAGAAUCAAGAAAGAUCAAAGAACGAACGCUGUAACAGAUACAUUAGCUGCACUUGUAUAUGAUGUAAAUGCAACAGCUGAGGUAUUACGACGUGGAACUUUAGGCAGAAAUAAGGAUGCUAACAAGAAUGCUCAAAAGGAGAAAAUUGAAUACCAUUUGCGUUUGACACCACAACCAGAUGAGCCCUUACAACACAGAGCCCCUUCAAAGCCACCAAUGGAGGACACAUACACCGUUGAUGAAGUUUCUCGCGAUUACGGAGUUGAAAUGAGUGAAAGCCAAACAAACAGCUUAAUGAAACGUAGAGCUAGAUCAGAGACACCUCGCCGAACAUUACAAAUUGAGGGAUCACCUCCCCCAAUUGCUCCAGUAGUCUGCGCAUACUGUAGCGAAGAAAUUGAUGGAGCCAUUCUCACAGCUUUAGCUCCAAAUUCAGACCGCGCUCAAAAGUUCCAUACCUAUCAUUUCAUGUGCACCUACUGCCAAAAGGCUUUGACCAUGCAUGGUACUUAUCGUGAACAUGAUAAGAAGCCGUAUUGUCAUGACUGUUUCUAUCGCUUGUACAAUGGUCUUCAAUAUCAACCAGAUGAACAUCAAGCUACAAUUGAAAAGCUUAUUUAA